CUUUCAAUAAUAAUCAGUCUUUACUUGAUCUCUAUCGAAAGCUGUAUUGUUAAUUUUAUUGUCGCCGGAAAAUACGUUUCUAAAAAUUAAAAUUUUAUUGCGUAUUUAAUAUGCACUUUGUAUUUCUCAGACAGAUUUUGGCCAAAAGUGUGCAACGCAGUGAAGGAGACAUCUCCGACCCUAUAAAGUAUAUAUGUUCUUGAUCAGGAUCAGCUCCUGAGUUGAUAUGAGCAUGUCCGCCUGUCCGUCUAUUUCUACGCAAACUAGUCUCUCAGUCUUAAAGCUAUCGAGUUGAAACUUUCCUGACAUCAUUCUUUUACGUGCAGGCAGUAAAUAAGUCACAACGUCCGGGAUCGGUCGACUAUAUCCUAUAGCUGCCGUGUAAUUGGACGAUCGAAAAUGGCACAACCUUGCUAUUUUAAUAAAUGCUUGGGGCUGUUUCUAACAUUUUUGUUAGAAAAUUUAUUUAUUGGUGGAUCGGUCAUAAGGAUCUCAUAAGGAUCUAUAUACGAUCCGAUAUAUAUAAUAAUAAAAGCUGCUAUUCCCGAAGAUAGCUUUCAAAUCUUGCUCUACCACAUUUUUGCGUAUUAAACUUGCACUAUGUAUUUCUCAGAUACAUAGAGCUUUUUACUAUUUUGUAGGGUAUUAUAAUUUUGGACAAAAGUUUGCAACAUUUUUAUUAGAAAAUUGAUUCGAUGGUGAAGUUCUCAUAAGGAUCGGCCAACUAAUACGAUCCGAUAUAUAUGUAUUUAUAAAGACUGCUACCUAACUGCAAAUAAUAGUUGUACUCUACGAGCUCUCGGAUAUAAGCACUAAAUAGCCCUAAUUUUAGACAAAACCACCUGUUAAUUCUGCGCCAAAAGAUGAGUUCUUUAAAUAAAAGGAAAUUGAUUUGUGACCUGUCCCACCCGUGGGAUUCGACCUCCUUUAUAAUUGCGCGAGUUGUACACAAAACUGAAAUAACUUCCUACGAAAAUGAAACUAGCGGAAAUAUUUUCCUUAUCUACUUGCGCGAUGAAUCUGGUGAAAUCAUUGCCACUGUUCACAACGAAUUGUGCAAUACUUUCUUCAAACAAAUUGAAACUGAUCAAGUCUGCUUCUUCGCAGAUUUUGAGGUCAACUGGGCAACAAAGAAAUACGUUUUAAUGCCUCAUUCCUUCAAUAUAAACUUUACGCAAAGUACCAAGGUGUUACCUAUUGGAUCACUGAACCAAAAUAUAACUGCUAUUCCAGGAAUAAGGUACAACCUGCAACCCAUUGAGGUGAUUCAUAAAAUGUGUGACGGAGAACCCGUAGACACCAUUGGAAUUUGCGGCAAGGUGGACGAAUUGGCUAAACGAGGGGGUUAUUAUAUCCGUGAAAUUGAACUAAUGGACUAUGACGACUAUGAUGGAGUGAUAACGUUGAACUUGUGGAAUGAUGCGGCCAUCAACUUCGACGGAAAGGAGGAUGAUAUCAUUUUGGUUAAAGGAGCGCGGGUUAGGGAGCACAAUCUGAAAAAUAAAAUUAAUUUUGAUUGGUUCUCCAAAAUGGAAAUCAAUCCAAACAUAAAAGAAGCAAAGAGCCUUAGAGAAUGGCUCGAAAACCUGUUUAUAUCCAAUUAAAAAUGAAAUACAAGUUACACAAAUAUAUUUUUGUUGAAACAAACGAUAUUUAAUUGUCGAGAAAUACUUGUAAAAUAAACAAUAAAUAAAUAGUAAAAAGAAUUAAGUUUAA